UUUUUAAUGUUGCUUACAAGACGCAGAUGUUGGUGGUCCUGUUUCAAUCGUUACUCCACUAAUUAUUUGAACGACACAUUAAUUCCUGUAAAUGUCAUUUUCCCACAUCUACGGCGGCGCUGUCGAUAGGAAACUGCUUAUAAGCAAUAAGGUAUUAUCGUAGAUGUGAAUCAUUUUAGCUUGUUAGCUAGCUAGCAAUUCAACGAUAAACCAGCAUUGCUUUCAUGGACGGCUUCUCAAAUCCAACGUAGUCAAACAUCUUACAGAGUAGGUCGCUACCACAACAUAGAUGCAGUUCAACCAGUAUUGAGAACAUGGCUAGGAUUUCAAUUAACUACAUUUUGCUAUGCGGGCAAGUUCUCUUGCUACUUUCAGUGUUGCUUUUACAAUGUUUGGACGGAAUACACUCCCAAAAUUCUUCGGACUCUCCUAGACAGAGAGCAACAACAAAAGCUGCUUUUAGAGAACAAUCGCCACAAGAUAACGUUACGACGUAUAUACUACCAGUUGAUCACACGAACAGUUCUAUAGACCAAUAUGAAUACAGUCCUCCGUCACCAGUAGUCCUCUGCAGAUAUCUACCAGAUGAGUUUGUACACUGUCAAGAUCCAGUGGACCAUGCACAGAACCACACUGCCAUUCAGGAGAUGGGACAUGGUUGUUGGAAGUUUGGAGGGCAGGUACACAAAGACGUGAAUCACACACAAGUCAUCUGCACCGCACUGGAUGACAUUGAGUGUGCUGGACCCAGGGAGUUCCAGAGAGGGAAUGUGCCAUGCAUCAAAUACACCGGCCACUAUUUCAUCACCACUCUGCUCUACUCAUUCUUCCUGGGGUGCUUUGGAGUGGACAGGUUCUGCCUCGGGCACACCGGCACGGCCGUGGGCAAGCUGCUGACCCUGGGUGGUCUGGGCAUCUGGUGGUUCGUGGACCUCAUCCUCCUCAUCACCGGAGGCCUGAUGCCCAGUGACAACAGCAACUGGUGCACCUUUUACUGAGGCCAGCGAGGAUGGGCUUGUUGACUUUAAGGUGGGUUAACUUGGCUAUGAUCGCUUAUCAGUCAAUUACAGUUCAGGGCAGCACGACCGUGUCAGAUGCCUCUCUGUCCCGUUUCCCAGAGCGUCUUGUCAUCUGAUGGGCUGUUGCUUUAUGUUUGGCGCGCGGCACAGGUUACUGUUAAUCGCACUAUAAUAAAUUGCAUGUCAGCCGGUUCUGCUAUUGAAACCAAGCUUUAGUGGAUUGUUUCUCACUGGCUGAAAACUAUGGGUCGGAGGGAAAGAUGUGGACCAUGGUUGAGUGGUUGCCAUUUUUGAUAUUUAUGUAUAUCUAUUGUAUGUUUCUUUUGGGUGUAAAUAUUCUAAAGCCCUGAGCUGUUAAAGGAAGAAUCGGUUACUAAGUUGUCCAUAUGAAAGAGCAUGGGUUUCUUUGUUUGUAUGACAAAAUCAUCUGGGCUGUCUGACCAUAUAAUGUGAACCAUAUAAAAAGUUUUUGCUUUGUCCAAUCACUGAAGCUUUGCAAGUAUGUCAUUAAUGACCCAUUUGAGCAGUUCAGAAUGUAUCUCAAUACAUAUUGAUGAUCAUAGUGUAGUCUCCAAGUUUCUUGUUAAACCUAUUGUAAGCCAUGCUCGUUAUUUGAGUAAUAGGAUUUAAUUCCAAUUCCAAUUUCUAAUAAUUCCCACCACUGAACUGAAGCAAAAGUUCCACAACAAUUCCCUUGGGACUCCCAUCACCACAAUGUUGCAUAUUGUAAUGAACAGGUAACUGCAGAACAAGUCCCAUUGCCCAUUAUUUUAUAUAAGUGAUUUUCAAGGAGGGAUGAUUGGGCACAUUUGGCUGGAGGUUUGACUGACUACUCCACUCCCUGAGCUUUCAUGUUAUGCCAUCACCGUCUCAGUCCCCCAGUUGAGCCCUAACUAGACUGGUGGAUGAGACUGUGUUUUUCAUGAACAUCAAGAAAAUACCAAAUUAAAUGGUUUCUCAUGGAAGAAUGGUGUGGUGAUGCAUUGUUGCAAUAAAGAACCAGAUUCUUAUAGAAUGUCAAGGCACAGGAUAGCUGUUGUUUUGACUUGUGGCCGUAAGAUGCUGUAUUGUGUGAUCUUUAUUUUGGCAGUGAAAUUUGUUAUUUUCCUGUUGGCUACAGGUGGAAGGGUUUAACGCAUAUUUAGCUUUCGAAGUAAAAAGUGAUUAACUGGUUAAUUUAGUUAAGAGAUUAAGAUGUUAGGAAUGGUUUAUGUAAACAUAAUUCACACUUUUUUCGUGUACUGAACUAUCACUAUUGGAGAGUAAAAAUACAGACUUCUGUAAAUCUCGACAGAAUAUGGAUUAAAUGUAUUUAUGCUGUAUUCAUGUAUCUGGUAAAUGUUUGUAGAAUGAAGUGCUGGGAAAGUAUUUCUACCUAGUAGCCAUUUGCCUUUCUCACUAUAUGCUUUCUAUCCCUGUACAUCAAGUGUUUGCUGUUCAAUAAAACGUUUCUUGUUAA